AUGUACAGAUUCACCACAGCCAACUAUUCAAUUCCCUCCGAACGGUCGAGGAGGCCUUACCGAGAGCUGAAUAAGCGGUUGCGGGAAUUCCUCGUCCAUGAUGAGAAAGGGACCUUGCUGAUCAUCUAUUACGGGGGCCAUGGUGAAAACAAUGAUGACAAAAACCACAUUUGGCUGUGCCAUAACCCGAGCCACAAAGACGAGGACGACAACCCCAAGGUUAACUGGAGCAGUCUCCAGGGGCUUUUUCUGGACGAGUGCCAGUCGGAUGUUCUUUUCGUGCUGGACUGCUGCUAUUCUGCCGCGGCAGCCGAGUACACCCAUGCCACAAGCACAGUCGAGGCAAUGGUUGCCACAGGCUUCGAAGGGGUAGCUCCUCUCCGGGGAGAACACUCGUUCACCAUGUUUCUCGUCAGCGUUCUGAAGUCGCGACGUGAAGUAGACAAGGCGACCUUCGCAGAUGCGCUCUGCAGGAUGGUCGCGGCGAAGCUUAAUCGAACAGACCUAAAAAGAGCUCUGGAGACGACGCGUUCAACACCUCGGCACAUACCGUUUGCAAACAAGGUCGACAAAAUCAUUAUAGGUGAAGUUCAGGAGUUCGAUGAUUCAGAGCCAGCACAAGAUACAAUGGCCGACGCGCCGGAGGAGGCUGAUAAUAAUGAUGCAGCCUUUGAGAGAUCAACUUCUGCGCCAGUUGAGCCAGCGAACCAUACUCUACAGGUCCCAAGUCGCCCUCGAGCCGAGUCAACGGAACCAGCGACACGCGGAAGGCCUCGAAUCGUGGCUGAACCAAGUGACCACACUCUCAAGCUUGCGAAGCCAAUCUCAAACAGCACUUCCAUUUCCGGGGUGAGGGAAGACCCCAUCACGCCAUCCGUGGCUAGAACACCAGAGUCCCAAUACGAAGUGGCUGAAGCUGGGGGUGAAAGGGACUGGCUCGAUGAUCUGUAUCCAACUGCUCCAGAUUACUCUGCCUUCGAAGAAAGACUAGUACUCAGCAAGGACGUACCUUGCUCUGAGCAGUACUCGCACAUCCGCACAGGCGAGAUCCGAACUCUACAUAUUCUCUCCAGCAGGGACGUGAAUGAGCCUAUCAUCGCCCGUCUGCAGAACGAGGACUUCCUGCCAUACAGCGAGGGAUCGCACUACGGGAGCUACACGGCUCUUUCUUGGACCUGGGGCCGCGAUGCAUGGACGUCCAGCAUAUACAUCGUCGACGAGAGCCUCCACGCAAGACACGCAAUAGCCGUCCCACCCACACUCGAAAGUGCCCUUCGACACGUCCGUCACCCUACAAUGAAGGUUGUAUUGUGGGUUGACCUGAUCUGCAUCCGCCAAGAUGCUGCUGAAGAAAGAGGAUUCAUGAUGUCUAUUUUGCCGGACAUAUUCAAGCAUGCGUCGAGCGUGAUUGUGUGGCUAGGAGACGAGGAUGAGAGCAGCAGAAGUGUGGUGGACUUCGUUGGGAAAGUCAGAGACCUGGAGAACUUCGAUGCCCUCGUGAAGAACGACGAUACACCAAGACAGUGGGACUUCCUCGUGGCCUUUAUGAGACGGCCCUGGUUCAGUCGCCGCUGGGUGUUCCAAGAGAUAAUCCUAGCAAGGGAGGCUAUUAUCUGCUGCGGAAGCCAGCGUAUAGGCUGGACCGACUUCUCUGACGUGGUCGUACUACUCGGAACCUGUUUCGACGAGGUUCAGUACAGGCUUAAACGAAAGGAGAUCACGAACAAUCUUCGACAUACCUUUGGAAACUUGGUAGACCUGCGUGCCCUCGAGGCUUACUCGCUCAUCGAAACCGCUCGAGACUUGUUCCGCCGCCAAGACGACGGGACUUUGAUUUCGGCUUGUGACCUGGAGACCCUGGUAUCAUUUCUCCCCGCGCUCCAGUCUAACAUUCCCAAGGACGUUGUCUAUUCACUGGUAGGCCUGUCUAGCGAUUCGAGAAAUUUCGUCGGCAUUGACUACAGCAAGUCAAACAACGUGGUGUACCAAGACUUUGUCGAGUACUGCGUCCGCAAGUCAAAGACGCUGGACAUCAUAUGCCGUCCCUGGGCGCCCACCCUUCCCCCAAGGGAGGCCCCCGCGCCGUCCUGGGUGUGCCAGGUCAACAAGCUCCCCUUCGGCCACCGCCGCGAGAACAUCUACGGCCGCAAGAGCGGCGACGUGCUGGUCGGCUACCCGCACCGCAACUACUACUCCGCCGCCCGCGGGUCCGUCGCCACGCCCAUGUUCGGCGCGCCCGCGCCCGACGGCCGGAUACGCAUGGACGGCAGCAUGGUGGCCAGCGGGUUCCAGAUCGCCCCCGUGAGGGACCUGGGCUUCCGCGCCGCUGCAGGGACGGUGCACAUGGAGUGGAUCGAGCUCUCCGGGUGGCGGCCCGGCGCCGCCUUCGUCCCGGACCACCUGUGGCGCACGCUCGUGGCCGACCGUGGUCCGGGUGGCACGCCGACGCCGACUUGGUAUCAUCGUGCGUGUCAAUAUUGGCUGGAUUACAGUGAGGCUCAGGAUAUUACCUACGACGUCAUCCAGAAGGACCAGCAUCCGGCCACGGCGCUCGAGUAUAUUCAACGUGUGCAGAGUGUCAUCUGGGACCGGACUUUCAUCAAGACGGCCAGGUUGGAUGACCUGGACCGCCCUUUGUACGGACUUGGUCCUAGGGAGGCACGACCCGGUGACUGCAUAUGCAUUCUUCAUGGCUGUAGUGUGCCUGUGGUGCUCAGAAGGACGGACGGUUCAGAUGAGUGGCGGCUGCGGAAACCAUUCGGGUCUUCGUAG